UCUCGCGUCAGAGCACGGGGUGAGCGCGAGCCGCCCGCGAAGGUUGCGCCCGUGACCGCGCCCGCCGGCCGCCGCGCCCGCAGUACCGUGCCGCGCUCGCUCCUCCUCGCACCUCCCAGCCCGAGGACCGCCAGACCAGUGUAGUGAUGUGCCCUUGCUGAUCAUGUGUGGCCGCCAGUGUGUGACAGUGCGGAGGCCCCGGCCCCGGUAGCCCGACAUGUGGACUUUGGUGCUCCCGCUGCUGGCCCUGGUCGCUUCCGGCGGGGGGGCCACCUUCGGAGCCAACAAAGCCCUGCUCGACUGUGCAAGCCAGAUCCUGUACCUGGAGCAGCAAACCUACGACAUACCUUCAGACUAUAACAGAAACAUUCCACCUGGAAAGAACACCACCGUGUUCAUAGGGCUCAAUGUCAACCGUGUUUCGGGAGUGGAUGAGAAUAAGGAGGAGAUAACCCUGGACGUGUUCCUACAAGUAUCCUGGAAGGACCCCCGGCUAAAAGUGGGCAUGGAGUCCAUAGACCUGCCCUGGGAGUUCCGCCAGCUGAUCUGGACGCCGGACCUGUACAUCUGGCAGCUGCAGACCAUGAGGAUCCUGUCCGUGCUGCAGGAGAUGGCCUCGCUCAGGCUUUAUAGGAAUAGCACCGUCUCAGUCAGUAUUGGCGCGACGAUAACAAUAAAAUGCGAGAUGGACUUCGUGUUAUACCCUUUAGACGUGCAAACCUGCAACAUUGAUUUUAGCAGCUACAAGUACACAUCAGAGUACGUGAGAUUCGAGUGGCGGGAGAUCCCUCCGUGGCUGGGCUGGCGGCUGGCUGGCGGGCAGCGCAACCAGUUCCGCCUGCCCAAAUACGUAGUCAGCUUCACUACUGACAAAAGUAAACAUAUUGCCCAAUAUGGUGAAGGCGAGCAUUCGGCAGCGCGGCUGCAGAUGACGCUAUCACGGGAGCUGCGAGGGUCUCUGGAGAGCUACCUACCUUCGUCGCUGUUUGUCAUCAUCUCAUGGGGAAGCUUCUGCGUGAUACCAGAGAUCGUGCCUGGGCGAAUGGUGCUGCUUGUGACUACUCUGCUGUCUCUUGUCACCAUGUUUGACACAGUCAGUACAAACUCACCCGAUGCGCUCGAGCUGAAGUGCAUAGAAGUGUGGCUGAUCUCGUGCACGAUAUUCGUGUUCCUGGCGCUGCUUGAGUACUUCGUGGUGCUGUUCGGCAUCCGCUACGACAAGAGCUGGUGCCGCCGCCGCGCCGACAUGCGCCGCGCCGCCUCCGCCGUGCAACUAGCGCCACCACCUCUACACGUCAACCAUCAGAGGUUGAGUUGCACUCCCGUGACAGGCACCCCACAGGGCGGAGUGUUCUCGCCGACCCUCAGUGUGGAGGACGAGGGACUCAAGCAGCAGCUCGGCAACCAGACCAUCUCGAGGGAUUCGCCGCCGAUCAUGGAGUCGCUGGGCAGUCGCGCUGGCCAAGGUCCGCUGGCGCGGGUGGGCGCGUGCAUCGACAGAGGCAUCAUGUUUUGCGGCGCGCAGCACGGCGCGCUCGACCGCUACGCACUCAUGCUCUUCCCGUGCUGUUUCGUACUCUUCGCUAUCAUAUACUGGACCACGUACCUAAGUGAAGUGCACCGGCACGCGCAGAAGUGAAAGUGACAAACGAUUUACAAUGUGAAGUGCCUGUGCGAGACGUUGUGUUAAUUGUAAAUAUUGUUAGACAAAUGCUAGUCGACUAUACAACGUUUGUUUACUAAGUACGAUCUAUGUAAGUUAGGUUAAUUUUACAACGAAAUUAAUAAUAAUUAGAAUUAUCUUCAAGUGUUCCGUAAUAGUAUAAAAUACUUAGGAUAAUUUGAUAAAAUUAUAUCUCGCUAUUAUUACACUACAGUAAACUGCAAAAAGUUAUACCCCCUGCUAAAGAAUAAAAUUCUAUGCAGGGAGGGUAACUUAGAUAACUCUGCAGCUUGCUGUAGGUACUUACUUAUGCUUGACGACGCUGUAGGACAAUAUUUAAAUUAAGAUAUAGAAGAACAAAGAUGACUCCUACAUUGACAAAUGUAGGUACAUAUCCUAUGUUUAGGUAUUGCCACGGAUUUUGAGUGAUGCUUAAGUAGCUUGACAAUAUACAAAUCAUUAAAUUUUAAUCUUACUUGUUAGUAUCACUUUUUGGAAGUGCCAAGAGACAUCACCAGUCAAAAUCUGUGUCUCAAAGUUUGUCUGCGAGUAAACUAACUGGUAUCUACAUGCAACAAUAAUAACAACCGUCCAGAACCAAGUCUUGUGCCUUUGUAACAAAAAUUGUAGUUAUACUACCUAGGAACCCAUAUCAAUCUAAAUAAAAAUCGUACAUACUUACAGCACAAAGUGUGGAGGUGAUUAUUCAUAGAAAUUUGCCGUUUAUGCUAACUUCACAAGCUGUGAAACAAGGUGCAGAGUUAACAUGGAUUGACUGGAGGGACAUACCUAAUUCUCACUUUGACUAAUAAU